GCGGGACUCAGUUUCCCAGCGCGCCCCGCGGCGGCCCGGGGGGAGCGGGACCGGGCGCUCGCUGAGGAGUUGGGAAGCACCACAGAGAGCCAAGAGCCAACAAAUCAUCUCAACACCUAAAUGAGGCAUUAAGUCUGAUCUAUUGCUCUGUCUGAGACCUCACCAGGGAACACAAGUAUUAGAAAUGGCAGUUUACUGCAUCACGCUGGCCGUGAACCUCAUCGCCUGCCUGGCCUGGUGGAUCGGGGGAGGCUACGGGGUCAACUUUGGCCUGGCCAUCCUCUGGCUGAUCCUCUUCAGCCCCUGUGGCUACGUCUGCUGGUUCCGCCCUGCCUACAAAGCCUUUCGGUCGGACAGUUCCUUUAAUUUCAUGGCCUUUUUCUUCAUCUUUGGGGCGCAGUUCCUCCUCACGGUCCUGCAGGCAAUCGGCUUCUCCGGAUGGGGAGCGUGUGGAUGGUUGGCAGCCAUCACCUUCUUCAGCACCAACGUGGCAGCUGCUGUGUUCAUGCUGUUCCCUGCCAUCAUGUUCACCAUGUCAGCAGUUGCAAUGCUCAUCUGCAUUAUUAGGGUACAUAAAAUCUACCGAGGGGCUGGUGGAAGCUUCCAGAAGGCUCAAGAUGAGUGGAACAGCGGCGCAUGGAGGAACCCUCCCAGCAGGGAGGCCCAAUACAGCAAUUUUUCUGGGAACAGCCUGCCAGAGUAUCCCACAGUGCCCAACUACCCCUCUGCAAACCAAUGGCCUUAAGCAGCAACAGCUGCAAACUGCCUGGAGUCUCUCCUUUUUGGUCUUUUUAUUCUUGUUCUUGGAAAAGAUAAUUUGCAUUCCCCCCCCAAGCACCCCACUCAUCUCGGGGACCUUUCUGGUUCUUGCCUCCUGAUCCCUGUGGAAUAUCCGUGCUCUCAGCCCUUCCCACCUCCACUGCACUGCACGGCCAUGGCAGAAAGCUUUUUGUUUGCCUCGAGUCACCAGUAUUCGCCUCGUUGCAGAGUGAGAACAAACCCUUCACUGCCCUUGCUUGAGGGAAUCCUCUCCUGACCAUCCCUGGAAAAGGCUCAGCUUCCCCACGAUGGCAACACUCCCACAGCUGCUCCUGCCCCUGCUCCUGCUCAGCUUCCAUGGAAUGCCCAGCACAGCACCACGCCGUCUGUAGCAAAAGCAAUCAGAGCAUUAAUAGCAACUGGUGUUUACUCUCCUGGAUGAAUAAUGUGGAAUUUUUCACUCUAAGGGAAAUGCAGCACUUAAAUUAUUUGGUACUGGUGAUACUGAAGUGAUUUGUGAAAGCUCCACCCUCCGUGGGAGGAUCCCUGCAGGUAACAGAGGUGCCCUGGGUGAGUCCUCCUUUGAGAUGGGAAGUCCCCACAAGUCCUCCUUUGCCUGGCUCAGACUGUUGUGAUGCUACAGCUCCUGCUUUCCCUGCUGCCAAAACCUCUUGCUGGAUCUGUGUGUUCCAAAGGUGCAGAUUCAUCUCCUUAGGUUCAUGAUUGCUCAAAGCCCAGUGGAAACCAGCGCAGAGCUGACACUGGGCCUUGGUGACGUUCACCCCGGUACAGGGACUCAGCAUGAGAUUUCCCCAUGUAACUUCCAGCCAGGUUUUGUGCUGGAUGCAAGAUAAUGAUGGAUCUCAGUGCUGGAGCCCCAGUGUGGUUUGGAAAUACUUCUGUUACAAUGAAUAGUUUAGUUCUGCCUUCUGCUGGUGUAGCUGGACUCCAGAUAUUACAGUGGGGUCUGGGAGACCAAGGGAAGGUUGUUAGUCCUCAUGGCUGCUCUUGGCUCUGUGGCUGGCAGGUCCUGAGAGAGAGAUUCCUGCCUUUCUCCCAACAAUCAGCUGAAGGGACGUUGAAGCUGUUGAGAGGGAUUGUUUUCCCACAGAUUAUCCUCCACCUUGUCAUUCAUCUCCAUUUUGUGCCUGAGCCAUCCAAUUCCCUGUGUCCUACAGCGAUCCAGGCAGCAAAGGCUGCAGUUUCCUCUUCCCCCUCAGCCUGCUGUGAAUUUUUUAAAACCUGUCCAAACUGGGAGGUCAGUUUCCAAUUUUUUUAUAGGGAGUGAGUGUUCCAAGUCUUUGGCUCUCAAAGUUUUGGCCAAUGAUCCAGAGUGCUCCAUUUGGGAGACCUCGGAGGGGUUGGGCACCCUGGGGAUCAGACCCGGAGCCUGCUGCCUUGGCAGGCUGUCCAUGGGGUUAUUCCAAAUUCCCAAAUUCGCACUGAGCAACUGGAGAACAAAGCUGGCUCCUAGAAAGGGACAGGGACAUGGUCCUAGGUAGGUGGAAUUGAUUUGCAAGUGGUCUUUUGAAAAUUUUUCUCUACAUGUGCCUUAUCUAAUGAAAUCACGGUUCACAGAGGAGAGCUCCCGCUUCCCCCUCAGCCCUGCAGAAUUCCCUGUUUCCCCACUAACUCGUCCUGUGUCACACUGUAAAUAAUGAGGGAAGCACAGUCUGGAGUCUGCACGACCCCUGUGUUACCAGGGCCAAAGCAAAAGCAACCCCCUAUUUCCCCAAAUUUCCGUUUACAGCCACACCGACCCCUGCUGCAGGAGCAACCCUCCACUGGCUCUGGGAUGUGGAAUGUGCUCCCAACACCAGGGGUUUUUCCUGGAGAGUGUGCAAUGUGCUUGGGAGGUCGAGCUCUUGGAGCCUUCUUAACAGAAUAUCUGAUGGCAUUGUGAAGCUUUUAGGUGCCUUUGUCUAGUGUCAAGUGUAAUUUUAAGUGUUCUUUGUCGCUUGCCAUCGGAGUGAUGAAAGAACUGCCUGGCGUUGACUCCCUGGAAAUACGAUGGAUGCACCACAGGGUGAGGGUCAGCGGGGCUGAAGGUGGGAUUGGCCACACCUGGGAGCCAGGACAUGGUGCACCCAUAUCCCUCAGUCAAGCCCCUCACCAUCCUCAUCCUCUUGCCAAAAUUCUUCAAAACCAUUUGAUACCUGCCCCAUUUCAGUGUGUCAAGUUGGAGGUUUUGAAGGAACCAAGAGGAGAAGCGUUGCUGGGGGCUCCACAUCCUGCUUCUCUUUGGGAUUUUCCCCUUGGAGAAUGUGGGGGCUGUGCUGAAGCACCCACCCUCAGUCACACUGGAAAUGUUUGAUGCAAGGAGAGGGGGUGCCUGGGAGCCUGCUCACCAUGAUGGUUGGAGCUGGACACCAAAAUCACACCCCGUUAGCCUGCACUGCCUGAGAUCCCCGUGGAGAUCAGUGCAUCUCAGGUGACAACUCCAUCUCAUCCCCUCCCUCCUCUUCCAUGCCAGAAACCGUAAUUCCAGAAAGUUGACCCAACACGCUGCCUGAACAAAUGGCUUAAUUUUUAUUUUUUUUUGUUUUGGACUCCUCUGUAUGUUUUUAAAUGUUUACAUUAGACUAAAAGUUCUUAACACCAUUAACCCGGCCCUGGCUCCUGGUGUGGUCGGGUGUCAGUGGCGUGUCUGUGUGUGAUGUUUCAUGUCACCUGUGGAGCUCUGGGUUUUGUUUGUGUUUUUCUCUUGAUCACAAGACAAUAAAUGCUCAUCCUGUGCUUGAUGAGGAGAACUGGCCGCAUCAGAGGAGUGUCUGUUCCUAGGUAACCGGAGUUAUCUGGCAGAGGAAAAUGGCAAAAUCUCUGUGUUCCUCCAAAGUCUCCCACUGCAUGUUGUUUUCUCUGUAAAAGAACAGCACAUUGGUGGAUGAGGCUCAUCCUCUGUGCUGGGGACUGGUGUGAGUGGCUUCUUGUGGUUUGUACUCUUAGAGAUGCCUCAUCAGCUUUGACCAAAGGUGUUGUCAUUGUUCCCAUCUUCUAACAAUGGGAUUGGAGGGCAGAGGUGUGAAAAGUCCAUCUCCCAAGCACUGGGAGCCCCUGGCAGUGCUGGUGUCUGCUUUCCCCAGUUACUGUCUGGAAGGAGACUCUUACUCCUGGAGUAAAUGGGCUUGGACAGCGAAGGUGAGUUGAGCCCUUUCAGCAUGUAGCUGAAUUUAUUGCCCAAAAUGUUUUUCCAAAGCUAUCCCAGAAUCUCAGAGUAUUUGUGUUGGAAGGGACCUUUAAAGCCCAUCCCAUUCUACCCCCUGCCAUGGCAGGGACACCUUCCACCAUCCCAGGUUUGUACAAGCCCCAGUGUGCAGCCUGGCCUUGGCACUGCCAGGGAUCCAGGGUGGGCACCCUGUGCCAGGGCCUGCCCACCCUGCCAGGGAACAAUUCCUGCCCAAUCUCCCAUCCAGCCCUGCCCUCUGGCAGUGGGAGCCAUUCCCUGUGUCCUGUCCCUCCAGGCCUUGUCACCAGUCCCUCUCCAGCUCUCCUGGAGCCCCUUCAGGCCCUGCCAGGGGCUCUGAGCUCUCCCUGGAGCUUCUCCUCUCCAGGGGAGCACCCCCAGCGCUCCCAGCCUGGCUCCAGAGCAGAGGGGCUCCAGCCCUGGCAGCAUCUCUGGCCUCAUUCCCACAGGUCCGUGUCUUUCUUGUGUGGGGGCCCUAGAGUUGGACACAACACUCCAGGUGGGAGUAUGGAAAUCAUCAUAUUGUGUCAUACCCCAGCUCCACUCCAUGGCAGAUAUUUAAUCCUGGAAGAGCCAUUUCCCUCACAGCUGUUGAUGUGACAUCUGCUGAUCUCUGUUUUCCCUGUCUCCAAAGCCCUGUGCCAGGUUCCCCCUGCCUGGCCCUCACCAUCCUCUCUCUGACAGUGGUUCCCUACAGCUGCUGCUGUGUCCUGAUGUGUUGAGCAUGAGGCUGAAUUCGAUUUUCCUCAAAUUCUUGCUCCAGGGCCUCAAAAUCUGAGCAUGAGGCACAUUUUAAGCUCCUGCUCCAGCUGUUACCCGAGCAGGAACUUGGCACUUGGAAUUAGGGGUUUUUUUGGGUUUUUUUUUUGCCUCUGCUGCAGGAGGACCAGGCAGGAUUUGUCAGGAAUCCACCCAGACUCAGGAAUGGGGGUGGUUGUGUAGCCAAGCUUGGACCCCCACCCUGAGGAGCUCCAAAAAUCUCUGGAUUCUGCAUCAGGGUGUGAGAGACACUGUAAGGGCCUGGAUUUUCCUUUUCCCUGGUUCUUGCUGUGUUUCUGUCACUCUGCAGUUCCAGCUGGGAAGGUGCUGCCCACCUGGACCAGCUCAUUCUCCUGUUCUCCCAUGCAGUCACAGUGGUCCCUUCGUGUUGUCUGCUUGUGAAUGAGCCCAAAGUGUCUCUUGCCCACAGGAGAGGGACAGGGCUCCUGGCUGGAUGCUUUCAUGACAGAAAUUCCCUGGCUUUUCUUGUCCCCGUGGCAUGAGCUGCUCGUGUCUCUGCAGGCCUUUGGCACACCGUGUGCUCACCGCUGGAGAUCUGCCUUGAAAUAAAAUCCAAACUCCUUUCUUCCCUCCA